AGAAAUUUCACUUGCUCUGCCAUGUCGCGUGUGGUUGGAGCAAAUGUGGCCCGAUCCGCUAGGAUGGCAGAUAUGUUUCAACAGGCAGAUCAAGACGCAAGGCAAACACUGAGAAUGAGUGCGACGGCGAAAUGGCAUGAGACUCAGUCCAUCAAGACGUUGUCGCGAGCGAAUCAUGGGAGCAGAGAAAGACAAAGCAUACUCGAGGAGCAGGAGGGAGCAGCCCACGAGCUUUUGGUGAGGAGAAAGCAGAAGAUGAAGGAGCUGUAUGAAUCUGAGUACGAAAGAUUCUCGAAGGAGCUCAAAGAACAGGGACUUGUAUUAUCUGAAAAAUAAGUGUGUAAAAAUCAGAACAAAUUG